AUGCCGUCAAAUCUGCCAUACGCCGCAGACGCUGAAAGCCCUCUCAAACCGGCGGAACUCCAAGUUCUACGCGCCCAGUACGAGAAAGAAGGCGAAUAUGUGGGGGUACAAACAAAAUUCAACUAUGCAUGGGGUUUGAUCAAAUCGAACCAGCGGAGCGAGCAACAACUGGGCGUUCAACUGCUCUCUGACAUCUUCAAGACGACCCCCGAAAGGAGAAGAGAAUGCUUAUACUAUCUGGCUCUGGGAAACUACAAGUUAGGCAACUAUGCUGAGGCGAGACGGUAUAAUGAGUUAUUACUAGAGAAGGAGCCUGGAAAUCUGCAGGCCGCUAGCUUGCGACAAUUGAUUGACGACAAGGUAUCCAGGGAAGGUCUGAUGGGCGUUGCAAUCAUUGGCGGUGUCGCUGUUGCUGCAGGCAUUGUCGGAGGCAUGUUAAUGAGAGGGUCACGAAAGAGGUAA